AGCCCGCCAAAGUCAAGGUUCAAAGCAAUACAAAAAUCAUGAAUGUGACCAAAAACAAUUUCAAUGAAGCUGCUGCUGAAAUUGAGCGGCUGUUGCCCUCAGUUGACUUCGUGGCAAUUGAUGAGGAGAUGACUGGCAUUUCGCUGCCCGGACUGGAGGAAAAGAUUGCAGACCUUCCUUCCGCACGGUUCGCCAAGAUGAGGAAGGUUGCAUCCAACUUCAAUAUUAUCCAGUUUGGCGUCGCGCUUUUCUGCAAAGAACCAGGUCGCAGGAAGUAUGUGGCUCAUGCUUUCAACUUUUAUGCCUUCCCUGAAAAGGGGCUGGUCAAUAUGGAAGCAGGGUCAGUUCACUUCAAUUCAAGGAAUGGGAUGGACUGGAACCGGUGGAUCUUGGGUGGAAUCCCUUACUUGGAUCAGGACUCUGCUGAGAGUCUGAAACAGUUUUUCGCUCCACCUGUCAAGGAGAGUGAGGGCGAGAAACCGCCAUCCAAGCCACGCAUAGUCUUGUCAAAUGAGAAUGAUAUUGAAAAGACACGGGGAGCAAUCGCGGCUUUGCAAACAUGGCUGGCAGAUGAAGAGAAGAAGGGGGAGAAGGAGUUUGAACUCUUGACCACAAACGCAUUCCUGCGGCGUUUCAUGUAUGAAACUAUUCAAGAAAGCUUCCCAGGCUUGAUCUUGGAAAGUCGGCCAACAAAGUCGCGAGGCCUAUCCACACUUGUUGCGCUCAGACUGACCGAUGUUGAAAAGUUGGAACGGGAAGCGCAGAAACAAAAGGAAAAGGAAGAGGAAUUUCAAAACAAACUUGGAUUGAGGCGAGUAUUUCUGGCUUUGGCAUCUGCAAAGAAACCAUUGGUGGGGCAUGCCUUGAUGUUUGAUUUGCUCUUUGCUCUCUCGCACUUUGAGAAACUACCCGAAAACUAUGAGGAAUUCAAAGAGCUAUCUCACACGUUGUUCCCAACUGUUUUUGAUACACAGCUUUUGGCGAAGAGCAAUCUGUUCCGGAUGAAGCCUACAAGGACGGCACUUGAGCCGAAGGAUGGCGAGCCCUUGGAGCAAGUCGGUCCGCGGUUUUCAAGUUUUGCACUUGGCCAAGUUUACAAAGUCUUGAAAGAAGAGGAAGGCCGAGUCCAAAGUGAGUUGCCACCCAUUGAAAUCGCAUUGGUGGAAGGCCACGAAAGGUACAACAAAGUGGCCAGCUUUCAUGAAGCUGGGUACGAUGCUUUCAUUACGGGCUGUGUUUUUGCAUAUAUGUGCGAAGAGUUGGCAAGGCAGCCAGAUGAGUUCAAUGGUCAUUUGGUCAUGUUCCGGAGCUUUUACAACUUCAAUUUGAAGGGUGAGGACGAGUUGAUCUCCAAGGGAGCUUAUUUGCACAUACAGGGGCUGAAGGGCUUAGGCGUGCAGGAGCUCCAAGAAUCUCUUGGAAUGGUUUUGAAGGACGUGCAGAGCAAGCGCAGUGAGUGCUUGCAGCUCUCCACAGAAUUUGAAGUGAAAUGGAUUGACGAUGACAGCGCCUUUGCAAUUUUUUUGGGAGACUUCGCGGCCACUGAUUGAUGCUAUUUGUGAAGAGGCUGGAGCCCAGAGCCUGAAGUUUACGGCCGGAGACCAGUGGUUUGCUUCUCAAGCUCCAGAUGCGGACCUUCCGCCAUCCAAACGGGCGCGUGUGGCAUAGGGAACAUGGCAUGAAUGGAAGCAACGUUCGAAGCUGCAAGAGGACCAGGAUGAAGCAAGCAAGGCGAACUAGUUUGCUUCUGACUUCUGAGGGCUGUGUCCAAUUGGACGCUGCACGCGGGCGGUGAACACUUUGAGCAGCUGCAUGAC